AUGUUUUUAUAAGCCAUAAAAGUUAAGGAUUGCAGGUAUUGUGCACAAUAAUGAAGAUUGGAGCCUAUUCAAUUAAAAUUCGGUCCAUAGGUACCUCGCCAACAUACUCCUGAUGGAUUGAGCAAGAUUGGGAUGUUCAACAGCACUUUAUUUUAAGGAAAGAAAUCAGUUGAGAAGAAAAAAGAAAGUAAUCAGAGGAGACCCCAAUCUUCAUUUUAGAGGAUUACCAAACCUGCCUUUUAUAAAAAUGUGUUUACAGUUUAAUAUAUUGUAAUGAUUAACAUAAAAAAGAAUAGUUUUUUUGCGAGAAUGGCAAUAAUGGAAAUUUGGUUAGGAGAAUUCUAUAAGGGAGAGCAUGGUUUUGCGAAUAGCAAACGAGUUACAAGUAAAGUAGAUGAUAGAUAAUUUAAGUGUGAACUUUAUUUGGAGGCAAUCAAAUAAAGGUUUCAAUUAUUCAACGUUAACAUCGAAAAGUGUUUGCAUAAAUCAUUUGGAACAUCACAAUGAAAUAUCAAACAAAAAUAAAUUGCAUGCAAAUUUGAAAUCAUAUUGUUUGAGAACAAAUAGGAAUAUGGAUGAUUUUGUUCCUGUAACUUUCAUAAUCAACUUGGAUUCAACAACUUUGCAAAAUGAUUUUAAAAAGUUCGUAGAUUAUUUCGUUGAAAUCAAAAAAGACAAACAGCUUAAAAACGUUUGGUUACUGAAACCUCCUGAUUUGAAUAGGGGAAGAGGAAUACAAUUGUUUUCUGAUUUAAAAGUAUUGAUAAAUCAAAUUGAUGAAUUUUGUAAAACAAGGAGUGUCAACAAAUAAAUAAUGCCCUCAUCCAGAGCGACCAAAACUUUACUCAUAUAAUACCCAGAGUCUAAUGAAAGUACUUUAAAUGUUCAACUUAGAAACUGGGUAGGCUCAGAUUGAGUUUACAUUAGAUUAAACUCCAAAUUAAGAUAGAAUACUGGUUCUAUAAAAGUAUCUUGAAACCCCUCUUCUAUAUAAUGGAAGGAAAUUUGAUUUUAGAAUCUGGGUAUUAAUUGAUCACUCCUGCAAGUAUUAUAUCUUUAAGGAAGGGUAGCGAUAUUAAAAUUAAUUAAGGUAUUUGCGAUUAGCGAGUGAGCAUUUCGAUAUCAAUAAUCUUAAGUCGUUGUAUAUACAUUUGACUAACAAUGCUAUCCAGAAGAAUCAUCAUAAUUAUUGUAAAUAUGAAUUGGGAAAUUAAUUGAGUUUCCAAGACUUAUAAUAGUAUUUAACAUCGUAAAAGAAUACUAAAGUAAGUUCAGUUGGAAUUGUGUAAAAGAUGAAAGAGCUCAUUCAUUAGACCAUAUUCUGUGCUUGUACUAAAUUGCGAAAUAGUUGAUAUUGUGUUGUUAUUAUUUUAGAUCAUAGAGAUUUUCAAUUUGAAAUCUUUGGAUAUGAUUUCAUGAUUGAUAAUAAUGGCAACAUCUGGUUGAUUGAAAUAAACACUAACCCUUGCAUUGAAGAGAGUAGUCCACUAUUAUAAAAAUUGAUUCCUCGAAUGUUAAGUAGUAUUUAUUUGCAAUUUAGAUGACGCGUUUAGAUUAACCAUUGAUAAAAUAUUUUCUCCCUUCAAAACAACUCAAGACAACUUUCUGAACAAUCUUCAUGAAUUUAGCAUACCAGGAUAUGGGGAUAGAGAUAAUCUUUGGGAUUACUUGGGCUAAAUUUGA